GGCGAGGUACGCGUGUCAGGAGAUGGAGCAUCAUCCUCCACAAAAAUGUGAUGACGUGGCAAACCACUGGGAACGCUGCUGAUUGCGGGCGGAUUGAUCCCACCCCUUCCGAUUUCGACGGGUUCUCCCUCUGCAGUUUGCGCUGCUCUUUUGACUCUUCUCAUCGUCGUCCAGUUCCAGUCAGCUCAGCUCCGUUGCUGUUGCUGUCCGUCUCUUCAUCUUCUCCUCCUCCUUCUUCCCCAAAAUAUCAUCCAAAUUCGUCCGACGGUUCAUUAUUACGAGUUCGGCUUCCUUCCCUGUGGGCUGAUAUCGGAGCUUCUUCCCCCGUCAGAGAGCUGCUGCUCGACUUUCCGAUCGUAUGGUCGAGCAGAUUGGAGCGUUGACUGGUGAAGCUUAUAAUGCCAUUUAUCUCUCGCUACAGCAUUUCUAUCCUACAACAGACAUGGCCGAGCAGAUUGGAGCGUCUCCUCCUGUGACCCCCUUUAAUUAUGAGCUUGUGGAAGGAGAUCCUGACAACCUCAAGACUGUGGAUGCUACUCCAGUUCAGUUGGGUCCCUGGAUUGACCCUGCAAUGCUGAAACUGAAGCACAGGAUAGGUCGAGGUCCGUUUGGAGAUGUUUGGUUAGCCACUCAUCAUCAGUCUGCUGAUGAUUUUGAUGAGUAUCACGAAGUAGCUGUGAAGAUGUUGCAUCCAUUGAAGGAAGAGAACAUGCAGCUGCUGCUGGAGAAGUUUGAAGAUUUAUUUUUCAAGUGCCGGAAACUUCCUGGUGUUUGUUGGUUGCACGGUAUCUCAACCAUAAAUGGAAAGCUCUGCAUUGCCAUGAAAUUUUAUGAGGGAUCACUGGGUGACCAAUUAGCACGUCUUAAAGGAGGCAAGCUUCAGCUGGCAGAAAUCUUGAGGUAUGGGGCUGAGAUUGCUAGAGCAAUUCUGGAGUUGCACUCCAUAGGGGUUUUGGUUUUGAAUCUAAAGCCUUCCAACCUGCUCCUCGAUCAACACAAUCAAGUCUCUCUGGGUGACUUUGGAAUCCCAUAUUUACUUUUUGGGAUUCCUCUCUCUGAUCCGGACAUGAUUCUCCGCCUCGGAACUCCAAAUUACAUGGCUCCAGAACAGUGGGAACCUGAAAUAAGAGGUCCAAUAUCCUACGAGACAGACUCAUGGGGUUUUGGUUGUAGCAUUGUGGAGUUGUUGUCUGGCAUUCAACCUUGGUGUGGGAGGUCAAACGAAGAAAUCUAUCACUCAGUUGUGAUCAAACAAGAAUAUCCACCUAUACCAAGUGGCCUUCCUCCUGCUAUUGAGAAUGUUAUUAGAGGUUGCUUUGAAUAUGACCUCCGGAACCGUCCUUCAAUGAAAGAUAUCUUGCAGGCUUUUGAAAGCUCUAAGAAUGCUGUUUACACUGAUGGAGAAUGGGUAGGCUUGGGGAGCAGAUCUUUUACACAAAGGCCGAGUUCUGGAUGCACUCCUUGGUUUCUUCUUAAGGACCAUAUUCAGGUCGGUGAUGCAGUACAUUCAAGAAGGCCACUUAAUGCUAGGAGACCUCGAAAUAUAGAUGUCCCUGAAGGAUCUGUAGUGGGCCUACAGAAUGAUAGUGGGAGAGAGGGGUUUGCCUUGGUGAAAAUUCCAGGAGUGCCUCAUCCUCUAAAGGUGCAGAUCUUCAAUCUGGAGAGGGUCACAUUUGGCUUUGCAGCAGGAGAUUGGGUGCGGUUGAAGGAGGCCAGUGGAAACCAUUCUUCUCUUGGUGUCUUGCAUUCAAUUCUCCGUGAUGGAAGUGUAACAGUUGGGUUUGUUGGGCUUCCUACUCUGUGGAGAGGCCAUUCAUCUGAAAUUCAAAUGGCUGAAGCCCUUUACGUUGGGCAGUUCGUGAGAGUAAAGGAGGACGUGCUAAGUCCUCGGUUUGCAUGGCCUCGUAAGAGCAGGGGAAUAUGGGCCACUGGGAGGAUAUCGCAGGUGCUACCAAAUGGGUGCCUUCUUGUAUCCUUCCCAGGGAGAUUUGUGUUUGGGGAUGAGCCAAACAGCUUCCUGGCAGACCCAGCCGAGGUGCAGCUCGUCUUGUUUAGCACUUGCCCUGGUGUAGGGAAGAAGUAUGAACAUGUGGAGGACUUCCACUGGGCCGUGAGGCCACUGGUGGUGGCUUUUGGGCUGUUCACCGCCAUGAAGAUCGGGUUUUCAGUACAGAAGAGCCUGUGUUCGAGGUUGAAGAAAGGCCAGAAGAACUCAAUGAGAGGUGGUGGGCAGAAUCAGGACAGCCAAUCCGGUGGCAAUAACGCAGCAUGGCUUCCCCCACCGGUGGCAAACAUGAUAUUUCGGGAUGGUGCUAAUGCUGCUACAGCUAGAUAAGCUGUCAUUAUAGUCUUGAUUUGCCACCAGAAACCUGUCGACAUAUAAAUUGUAUAUAUUUAUCAGAUACAAUAGAUGUCCUAUAUCAACAAGUAAUACAAUAAAAACAUCAAUUAGAUUAGAUGGUGUAGCCGUGCUAUCCUUUUAAUCCAGUAAUGAAUGCUAUUGCAAAUGGUC